AGAAUUUAAUGGAUUUUCGUAUCUAAUUGUGUUUUGCAGAUUUCACAGAUCUAUCUAAAUUUUUUGCGAGAUUUCUUGAAUGAAAACACCUUAAUAAUGAGCAGCUCGAACUCAUCACGCUCACCUUCGCCAGAGCGGCGACUUGUAGGUAGUUUGAAGAGAAAGAUUGCAGAGAACAAGAAGAAGAAAGUUGUUAAGAAUGUAUUCAAGAAGCGAAAGCUUGAGAAAUCUAAGAUUCUGCCUCCUGUCAGGCCUCUUACGCCCCGGCCUCCUCUCAGGAAGUCAAUUGACGAAGUCAAUGAAGCAUCAACUUCUAGCGGCUACCGCCGUCCUCGGCCUAAGAAAGCAAAAGAUAAUUUGCUAAGCGACCGUAUUCCAAUGAUGGAUCUACUUCCUGAUGAGAGAUCAAAACCCGUAUAUUUUUUUGGUCCAGAUGGGCAAAAGAUCGUUGGUGCAAAGAAGAGGAAGUUGAGUUUCAUGAGCAGAUUUGAAUUGAAAGAAAGCGUACAGCCAGAAGUCGCAUCAUUAUUUUUGCCAGAAUCUAUUUCUUCUGCGAAUGCUGCACCUGCAGAAAGGAGCACUCCUAAAAAGCGCAAGCAAGGAGGCACAGCUGCAGUUGAAGUAAUCAAUGAGCAGGUGAAACGCCACCUGGAAACGUUGCUUGGCGAAGCCUGCGGCGAGGAAGGAGGGCGGACGACGCGUGGUGAAGCUGGCGAUGCUUCUCAUGAAAGAGAUGGCUUGCAUCACGAAGACACGCACGUCGAGGAGGCAGAGGAGACUCCCGUUCAGGAGGGAGGCGAAACUUCCUGUGGCGAGGAAGGAGCGCAUACGACGCGUGGUGAAGCUGGCGAUGCUUCUCAUGAAGGAGAUGGCUCGCAUGAUGAAGACACGCACGUCGAGGAGGCAGAGGAGGCUUCCGCCGGCGAGGACGGAGGCGAGACUUCCGGUAGCGAGGAAGACGGGACGACGCGUGCUGAAGCUGGCGAUGCUUCUACUGAAGACACCACUGUCCCUGAGACUGAGGAAGGUUCGCCCUACGACAUCUCGUCUGGGGACGAUUCAUUUGUGGACCGCGCAUACGUUCCGCCUGAUGACUUGUCAUCAUCCAGUGAUGACAGCGACGAAGAGCCUCCUGCCAGAGACGUCCAACUUUCUGAUAGAGCGCAAGAGAGACGAGCGAGACGGAGGAAUAGGGCGAUUGCAGAAGGUCGACGCUUGCGUCGUCCAAAAGGGACCAUUUCCCAAUUCGCCGUUCCUCUGUACAGCACGUCAGGUAAACAAUUCAGCCUGAACCCCGAGGCUAUAAAAAGUCGACGCCGAAGGCUUGCUUUGAAAACUCUGACUGCUGACGAUUCGUCCGACUCUGCGCAACCAUCAUCGGGAAGGAUCCGUCGCUACAAGCCAGGACAGCUGCGUCCGCCACCUGGGGCAGUGACAGAUCACGGCAUCCAGAUUUUCAAGAAUGUAUCAGCACGAGACCAGAAGCUUGGGAAACUCAAUCCAGCUCCAUGUAAGGCCAACCCAGUCCUUGCGGAAACCAACGACGCGGAGCUUGAGAAGCUGCUGGCAGAUGCGAACGCGAUGCUCCACAGAACAGAGGAGUAUCUUUUCAAGAUACGCGCAAGAAUGACCAUUGACGAGGCGUUUGCAGCGGCGAGGGAGAAGGUAGAAGGCGAGGGUUCAGAAGACGACCCUGCAAGUGCUGGAUCUGGGACAUGUGCUAUCAACCCGAUGAAGGCCAUGUUCAAGCGAACCCCCAAAUGCCUGACUGAUCGUAAUCAGGAAGACUGUUUGAUCCCUUCAUGUAAUGGCCGGGCUGUGAUGAAAUAUAUGCGUAGACAUUAUGAGUCGGCGCAUAAUUUCUUGCCUAAUCAUGCCAUAACAAUGCAAAGUCACCACCACAAUCUUGUAGAGAUAAAUAAACGUAAAGAGACAACCUUGGAUGCAAAAUCACUAACUGCUCGAUGUAAUUUCGUCAUUAAUUCAGUAAUGCCUGAAAUUGAUUUACGUCCUGCAAGCCAGGCGUUGAGUGAAGCACUUUUGCCAUUAUCUAUUGUUAAUGCUAUUGUUGACGGCCUUGGCAAAGGCACGGUUCUAAAGGAUCAGACUGCUAAGAUUGUCUCAGGGCUGGUAAAGAAUGCAAAUGAUGGAGAAGCAACGAGCAGCACUGCUAGCUCCACUGCAGACGUAGAGCUGUCGACUUGCCCCCCGCCUCAACCAGAACAAGAACCUCUCCAGCCUCAACCUCCUCAACAGUCCGCCGAAGAUGAAGAAUGGGACAGGCACCUACGCCCGGGCGAAAAGCCCAAGUUGCGUUUCAUCACCCUCUGCCCGAGAUGCCACAAGCCAUUCUUGACUCGCCGUCUCAAAACUCAUCUUCUAACCACAGAGAAACUCAGCGAGGAAGCCGCAGACCUGGCUUACGAGCAUGCUCAAGUCCAUGAGGAGCUCGUUUUGCUAGAUGCUGUUCCAACAAUGGGCAAGGCGGUAGCAAAAAUCACUCCUCCAGAGAAGAUCAAAGAAUUACGACAGAAAUUCACAAGAGGGCAUGUCGCCCUUCUAGAGAUCAAGAUGAUCCCUCCGAAAAUAAUUAUGCUGUCGCCGAAACCUGGCCGAGAGCUACUGGAGAAGAGAGUUGGUACACCGCUCGUGACACAAGCGGUGAUGCAUUACGAGGAUAUGGAUAUACGGUUUCAACAGGCUUUUCCAAAAUUAUUUGAAAUUCUGACUGACUUUCACAGGAGUCUACUUAACUUGGACUCGACCUCAAAAGGUCAAACGGCGGCUGAUAAAAACUUGAAGGACUUUCUUGUGGUCAUUUUUUGUUACAUUGCCUCGCUACCGCAGGAGGAGCGCAUUGACAUUGACAUCAAAUGGAUCCUUCGAAACUGCAACCGGAUGCUUCACUCUUUCCGUCAGGUCGUGGGAGGCGUACUGAGGCAAGGGACGAUGAUAAGACAGUUGCGGUCCGUGUCCAUCUUCGCCCUCUACGUCAACAAUCUGUGGAUGAGCGAAGAACAGCUCGGCAAUUUUUCCGUCGGUAACGUGAAAGAACUGGUGCAUCAGCACAAUCUUGUGAUCCUUAGAGACUACGAAACGCACAGACAUUUUGAACCGAUCGAUGAGCGCAAUUUGCGCACCAUGAUAACAGUCGACGCCAUCAACCGGCUCUUAGAUGCAUCCAAAAUCAAAAACUUCUGUGAACUGGCUCUAAGUUACGCCGAACAUAAGAGGACCAAUGCACCUAUUCCGUUUGAAGAGUUCCGCACUGUCAUGCCAACACGCAAAACAGCGUUAUACCUGAGAGACGUCCUCAUCACAGUCAUCGGAAUACAAACGGCAAGAAGGUCAUUGGAGAUGACAACUUUCAACUAAGAGU